GCGAGGAUAGUUCCGUAAUAUCAGUCUCAUGGAUAAUGUAUAGCUUUGAAUGGACAGUAGUAAAAUAGCUUUCAAACUUAAAAAUGUUUUAUCUUCUAGUUUUUUCAUUGAUCAACAUUUGUAACUGAGAAGAAAUGUCUAUUGUAAUUCUACAUCCAUCAAAUAAAACCCUAGUUUUCUCUCAAUAUCUUCUUCCUACUGCAGGAUUUAUUUCAUCAAGAACGCACAAUUGGGUGGUAAAAUUAUCAAAGAAAUCUUCACUUCCAGGUUUCUACAACAGGAUUUGCUCCUCCAAAUCCCCGAAUACAUCCACUGACAGUAGCUCCCAAGAGGAUUCAAAGAGGUUCCCUUGGAAAGUUCAUCUUGAAGAAUGGAAUGUUCCAUGGGAUUGGAAGAUUGUUUUGUAUGUCAUGGCACCAUAUUUGAUGAGUAUUCUUUUUACAGGAAUUGUUGAAUCAAAAGGAAAUUCACAAAAUGCAAUUCAAUCGUUGAUUCAAAAUACAGAUGAAGUAGCAGUGAAAUUUUUAGUCGAUCAAUUACUGAAGACUGUAGUUAAGCUUUCGGUUCUAUUUGUAUUCGUCAAUCCUUAUCAACCAUUUCCUGAAGAUGUAUUCUCCUACAGAUGGAACCAACCAUUCAACCUUAAGAAUGGGUGGGUCUUAUGGGGCUUUGGAGGUGUAAUAGCUGCAUCAAGUUGUGUUUUUCUCAUUAAAAGUCUCACCUCUGGUUUACAUGUCAGCCAGGUUCAAAAUGAGGCAGAAGCUUUGCUGCGCUUGUCCCCGCUUAUUGGUGCAUCAAAAAUCAGUAAUGUUUCCCUUUUGGCAAUCCUUGGAAUUCUAACACCCAUUUGUGAAGAAACAAUUUAUCGCGGUUUUCUGCUAACUUCACUUUCAAAAUGGUUGCCGGUAAAUGUGUCAGUGUUUUUAAGUUCAGUUGUAUUUACUCUAGCCCAUCAGUCUCCUGGGAAAUCUACCGAGAUUUUCAUAUUUGGUUUGGCACUGGGAUUUGUAUAUGCUCGAACGCGGAACCUUCUUGCUCCUAUUACAAUGCACGCUUGUUGGAACUUGGCUGUUGUUUUGAUACUGAUUUAUUUUAAAGCGCAAGGGGACGAUAUCCUCAACUAUGUCGGCUAAUGAGCCUAAUAUUUAAAAGAUGGUUACAGGUUCUCAAGUCAUCGAUUGUCAGAAUUUAUUCAUGAUUGGAAAGGGGAGGUGAUACUGCCUGAGUGGAAGGAAGGAAGUAAUAUAGAGUAAAAGGCUGAAGUUGUAGUACACCUAAUUUAACUUUUAUUUCUAUCAUAUUUCACAAUCCACGCAACUGUUUUACUGCAAAUUUCCUAUAGCUGCUUCAUUUAAAUACUGUUAGCUAUUAAGUUUGAUAUGGAGUUAGUUUACCUAAUCA